GGGCGGGCGGCUAAGAUGGCGGCGGUGCGCGUGCGGUUGCUAUUUGAUUACCCGCCGCCCCGGCAGCCCGCGGCCCGCAUGUGCUGGCUCUUCCUGCAGCUCGAUCAGUGCAGGGUGGUGGCCGACCUCGAGAGCACCAUCCGCCACAGGUUCGGCUUCAGCAGCCGCACUCUGCUCCACCUGUACCUGGAUGGGUACUUGCUGCCUCCCAGCGAGAGCGUCUACCUUGUGCGCGAUAACGAUUCCAUCAGAGUUAAACAGGAAGAAGUCAUAAUGGACAAUGGUCUUGUGUAUGGUGACUCUCCAGAACAUUCCAGGCCGAGGAAGAGGCAGCGGCACCGACUUGUGGGGGAAGAGUGGCCGGGAAAUGUGGAACGAGAGAAGAAAAAAAGGAGGAAAGCUACCAAGGUGAAUAAUGAGCAGCUGCACAACUCUGUCAGUGAACACUCAUCAGGUGUUUGGGCAGAGGGUUCGAAGAAGAGGAAGAAGGAAGUAGCGGCUGAGGGUGAAAAGUGUGAGGUUCAAAAGAAACAUUGUAAAAAGAAGAGGGAUAAAAGCAUAAAAGAUCAAAUCACUGGGGACAAAUCAACAAAAAAUGGAACUUCUGGAAAACCCUCACCCAAACCCACAGCCACUGCAUCCCCAUCCAAACCAGCAAAAAGCAUGAUGGCCACAAAGACAACGCCAGUCCAGAAGAAAGGCAAGGCAGACGUGCCUAACUGUGACAGCUCAUCAAACAGUUCGGACAGGAGCCCUGUUCUGCAGCAGAAAAGGAACACGGUCAAGGCUCUGGGAACCAAGGGGUUAGCAAGAAAAGGAGAUCCUGGCAUUCAGAAUGCUGUGAAGAUGGCUGCCUCGUCCACUCCCGCCAAAGUGAGCGAUGAUAGCUCGGCCUCAGACAGCAGUGACUCUGACACUUCUGUUCAGAAGCCUGGAGCUCAGCUGCUGGCAGCCAAACAGAACAAAAAUGGGGAUGUUAUUAAAUCCACAAAACUUUCAAUCUCUGGUUCUUCUGACUCCAAAGAUCCAGAGGUGGUCAAAGUGGGAAAGCUGGAGCGUGCACCCACUGUGCUGGACACGCAGACUGACAAGAGCAGGCACAUACCUUUGCCGUCUCCCUCGGCCCCGAGGGCAGAUCAGACUGGGAAUGGCUAUUUUGGACGAGGCAAUGGGAGGGGCCGAGGCGGUGGCUUCUCCUGGGCCGGUCCUGGCAGCUCUCAGCAGCGCGGUGUAUGCCGGGGGAGGGGCCGCGGAGCUGCUGCCUUUUACUACAACUAUGAAGCAAACCAAGAUCCUAAACCUGGACACUUAAAUGAAGCUAUGACCGACAAGAGUGUUGCUAAGAAUUGUCCAGAGGUUCCAAAGCGAGACUACAGCAGCCUGCCUCUGCUCGCAGCAGCUCCUCAAGUGGGAGAUAGAAUCGCCUUUAAGAUGCUGGAGCUUACAGAGAAUUACACUCCAGAAGUAUCAGAAUACAAGGAAGGAAGAAUCAUGAGCUACAACUCGGCGAUACGGCAGGUGGAGCUGGAGGUUGUUCACACACCCAAAGGUUUCAAAGAGCCGGGAAAGUUUGACCUUGUUUAUGAGAAUGAGGCAGGUGAGGAGGUGGUGGAAUACGCAGUGAGCAGGGACUCGCGGAUAGCGGAAAACUGGGACUCGCUGAUCGAACCUCGGCUGAUAGUAGAGUGUGCUGUCCGUGUGCCGGUGACAUAGAUCAGUACUUGCUUCCUUGAGGCCCCUCCAGCGAUGGGUUUCUGGCUCCGCGUGUGUCCGAGAGGGAAAUUGUAUACAUUGUUCAGUUUUUUUUAUGUGAUUUGAUAGGAGAGGGAAAGGCUGUGAAUUCCUUAAUAAAUAAUAAAUUCCAGACUCA